GGUCCUACUCAAGACAAAGGGGUUUGGGGGGUAUGCUGACCGCCUGCUGUCUCCUAACCCUAAAGUCUGUGGGUCCCAGGUCUUGGGUAGUCUGCCGUCUCCUGAGUACAACAGAGGCUCCCACGGUGACUCAUCACUGAGACGCCCCAAAGUCCGGGGGCUGGAAGUCCGACAUCAGGUGUCAUUCAGAACCCUGCGCCUGGCACAGACGGCCGCAUGGAGGGUGCGUCGCUGCCGCUGGCGCCUGUAAAGCAGGAGGGCCAGGCCGACGAGGGGCUGGCGCUGGACUCACCCUGGCACCGCUUCCGCCACUUCCACCUGGGCGACGCUCCGGGGCCACGGGAGGCUCUGGGGCUGCUCCGGGAACUGUGCCGGGACUGGCUGCGACCUGAGGUGCGCUCCAAGGAGCAGAUGCUGGAGCUGCUGGUGCUGGAGCAGUUCCUGAGCGCGCUACCCCCCGACGUGCAGGCCUGGGUGUGCAGCCGCAGGCCGCAGAGUGGUGAGGAGGCUGUCGCCCUGCUGGAGGACCUGUGGGGACCAGCAGUGCGGACAUCUCGAGACGAGGCAGGAGGCUCUGGGGUCACCGUGGGAAAGGAAGAAGGCGGGGUGAUGACUCUAGGAGACGCCGCGCCGGGGACCGAGGUUCCGGCCCUGGCCCUGGGGGACGCCCAGGCCACGCGGCCCUACAAGCAGGAGCCGGGCAGCCCCCCGCUGGCCCCGGGCCUGCCCGCGCUGCCCGCAGCCCUGCUGGCCGCCCCGACCCUCGCCCUGGCCCCGACCCCUGGCGGAGCGGCCGCGGCCACGGCCCCGACCACGACGUGCCCCGAGUGCGGCAAGACGGCCCUGAAGCCCGCGCACCUGCUGCGCCACCGCCAGAGCCACUCGGCCGAGAAGCCGCACGCCUGCCCCGAGUGCGGCAAGGCCUUCCGGCGCAAGGAGCACCUGCGGCGCCACCGCGGCACGCACCCCGGCCCGCCGCCCGGCCUGCCGCCCGGCCCCGGCGCCGGCCCCGCGCUGCGCCCGCGCGAGAAGCCGCACGCCUGCUGCGAGUGCGGCAAGGCCUUCUACUGGCGCGAGCACCUGGUGCGCCACCGCAAGACGCACUCGGGCGCGCGGCCCUUCGCCUGCUGGCAGUGCGGCAAGGGCUUCGGCCGCCGCGAGCACGUGCUGCGCCACCAGCGCACCCACCGCGCCGCGCCCGCCUUGCCCGCGCCCGGGCCCCCGGGGGACGGCACCGCCGCGGCCGCGGCUGCAGCAGCAGCGGCCGCCGCCGCAGCCGCCGCAGCUGCCGCCUUCCCCAUCCCCGCCUGGCCCCUGGGCUAGCUAGGGCCUGGGCCUCCGGACCUCUGGACCUCCUGGACCACUCGGGCCUCUCGCUCCUCCCGUCCCUCCUCCUCCUGCGCCCCCUUUCCCUCCGCCCGAACCUCUUUUUUCUCCCCCU